AAACUCAUUUAUAUUGCACAUUUUUCUCCCAUCUCUUCCGUGUGCGGUGCGCGCAAGAGUAGAACGCAAUUGAAAGCAAUCGGCACGCUGUCAAGCAGUGAAAACCCGGGAACCAGCCACACAAACCAUCGUCUUUGACAAGGGGGGUGUUCCGUGUUUCGAUUCACACACACACGCCACAUUUGAUAACUUUUUCUUCAUGUUCGCACUGCAGCACCGUUUCGCACGUCUCUACCCUUCGUGUUUGAGAUUAACCAAAAUGAGUCAGGUCGGUGAAAUGGGCAGCGGUGCUGGUAAGGGAGGUGGCGGCGGUGGCUCGAUUCGCGAGGCCGGCGGAUCGUUCGGCAAGAUGGAAGCGGCCCACGAGGAGGAAUACUUCUACAAGCAGCAGCGCGAACAGCUGGCCAAACUCAAAACGACCACCGAUGGAGCAGCGGCAAGCUCCACCAAACCGGGCGGCCAGGAGCAGAAGUAGUGGGCGGCAAUUGUGUCCCCAAUAAGCGUUGUGCUACAUUAGCGCAGACUCUCUUACCUUUGUU